UCUUUUUCUAUCAUUUCUAUGUCUGCUCUGCUGCUCCAAAAGGGAAACAUUUGGAGCGAACACUUUUUUUUCGUGAUAUACACGUAAUAUAUACUUAAAAGUAAUGUAUGCUUAGAACAAUCGAGCACAGUGAUUUUUUAAUAAUCCUUGUUGCAAGUUUUUUCUCAAUAAUAAUCUUUUAAGAUGAAACACGUCGGGUGGACAUGGCUGCUUUUGUUUGGAUUCGUGAACUUUGCUGCUGCAACUCGAGUUAAGGACAUGUUAUACAUGCCAAUCAACGGAGCUGCAGCUUGUUUCAGAAAACACAAUGGGACUCAUCAGUUUGGCUGUUCAUCUAGUAGAUCGGGAAAUGUUGGGGCUAUUCAUUUCGUGGAGAACGAGUUGGAUAUACAAUGGCUGGAAAAAAAUAGUACUGCAGGACCUUACAUGAUUGUUCUGUCAUUUGAUAUGUUUACUUUGGAAAAUUUAAAAAGAUUCGCUAUCUCAAACAAUGUAAACGGUGUACUCUUGACCAGGAACAUGAGCCUAGAUCGUCCAGCCAGUUAUUCUCCAGAAGACAGUUGUCCCAAUAGAUAUUCUGGGUACAAAUCGUGUGACAAACCGUGGAAUCCUUAUGGUUCUUCAAUACUUUUGGAAGACUGGCCAUUCCCAAUGUUUUAUGUACAGGAUCAAGAGAUGCUGAAGCAAAUUAAAGCCUGUUACUUAAAAUACAAUUACAACAACAGGGAUAAGCAAGCUCUGAGAUCGCUGUGUGCACUUGAGAUGAGAGCCUUUAUGUUUGCUGCCGUGAAUUCGGAAACGUGCAUUAGGAGAGGCAGUGUGUCCAGUAUAAAUUUCAAUACCAAUAUACUCUGCAGUCCUCUUGGUGAUAAAAGUAUCCACUGGCCAGCUGGCCCAAUGACUGAUAAUGUUAAAGAUGUUAUUAUGGUUAUCGCAAGACUAGAUGCCAAUGCUCUGUAUGAAAAUUUAGUGCCUGGAGCUGGCAGUACUGUCACAGGGUUGGCCACUUUGAUAGCCACUGCUACUUACCUUCAUUCCUUAAAACCUUCACUUCAAGGUACAAACGUCGUAUUUUCACUUCUGAACGGAGAAGCAUUAGAUUACAUAGGAUCCAGCAGACUGGUUUAUGACCUUGUACAAGGUAAUUUUGUAGCGAUAGGUGGCAAAACCAUUAAGUUUAAUCAGAUAAGCUCUGUUAUCGAGCUGGGGCAGCUGGGUGAGGGUAAAAUUCACUUUCAUGCAAGUAAUUUCAAAAAUAGUUCAAUGUUGGAAAAUUUGAAAAAGAAUUUGGAUGCGGAGAUCCUCGAAGGCAGCGUUCCUCCUGCUUCUAUUCAGAGUUUCUUAAGAGCCAACUCUAGCAUGCCGGUUGUCGUUGUAGCUAAUCACAAUGAGACCUUUACCAAUAAAUAUUACAACAGUCUUCUCGAUGACGCGGAUGGGCUGUUAUACUCGAGUGAGAAGCCCGAAAAAAAAUUGGAGAAGAGUCUAGCUAAAAUAGCAAAAAGCCUUGGAGAUGAGCUUUACCGCGUAAUAACUGGCAGGGAAACAUCGGGAAACCUGACAUUUGUCGAGGAUAUCAUGCAAGAGCUGCUGCCUUGCUACUUGGAAAGCGCAGACUGUCGUAUGUUUCAUGCAGCCUCACGACCAGGAACUUAUGUUCCCAAACGAGUACUACCUAUGUACGUGAGCGUGAUGAAGUCCGAAAACGACGUAACGACACUUACUGGACAGUUGCUAGCUCUACUUACCGGAGAACAGUUGCCUGAGUUGAAUAUCGAUGCCUGUGUAGAGAAACAUUUUAUCUGGCUGGCUGGUUUUGAUUCUAAUAGAGAUGGAGUUUGCGUUAAUUACACAGCUAACUAUAGUUCGGCUGUCAGUCCUGCCUUUAUUAUCGACGGCUAUGAUAUGAAGUCGGGAAUUUACUCGACGUGGACAGAAUCAGUUUGGACAGCGCUUAAGAUGAGGAUGUUUUUAAAACCGUCAGCAGCAACAGAAAGACUUAGCUUUAUUCUCGGAAGCAGCAUUACUGGGGUAUCAUUUAUUCUCGUAUGGUUCGUCACAUCCCGAGCGGACGUUUUAUUCAAUACGGGGUCAGUAGAUCUCUAGGAGUACGAGAUGGAUUGUCUAUCAUCCGCAAGUUCCGACUUUAGGGAAACCGAGCCUUUUAUUUAAACUAGUCCGAGGAUCGAUGGAUUACACUUGUGAAUCAAAAUUGACUUGGACGUCAGUAAAUGUUACUUACUCUUCGUGCUAUAUUUUUUAAAUUCACUCUCAUCAUUGUUCCAUUUGUGACUGUACCUUUGCAUUUGUAAUGAGAAUGUUAAUCUAACUUUGUAAUGUAAUUUUUAGAUUUUUACUCGAAUUUAGCACAUGAUAGGAUUGCGUCAGUAUUAGCGUAUGAAAACACCUGAGCAUAGUUGAGAAUUUUGUACAACAAAAGAAAAAAUAAUAAUGUGCGUCUUGAUACGUUGGUAAUGAAAAAUCAUUAGUUUUAAAUUUUUUAUAAUUAACAACGUUGUAUAAUUCAUUCCCUGUUGAACACCUUUGACUGAAAUAUUUUAAUAUUUAAAUAAUCACUGUUCACUUCAAUUGAAAAAUCAAAUUAACUACCUGUUAACAGCGAAUGAAAAUUUAUUAAUGACUUUGUUAAGAUUAACUUGUGAAGUAAUUUGUCAAAGA